GGGUUAUUAAUAUAUCUCAAAUCCUCUAUAUAUAAUCAACCGAUACAUAAGGUACCUUCAAAUUCAAUUCAAGCAUAUCUAAUUCUUUUCAUAAACACAACUAUUUUACAUAGAUCAAACAGGGGCAACCUGAUCAACACAACACAAGAACAAUAAAAAGAUGUCUCAAUUAAAGAAUAUGUCAAUUCUUUUAGUAAUUGCUUUUGCUACAACAAUACUACAAAACACAGAAGCUGUAGAUCAUUUGGUUGGAGGCUCCCCCGGUUGGUUUUCUACACCCCCGGGUGGCGCUAAGUUUUACUCUGAUUGGGCUUCCAAUGCCACAUUCAAAGUAAACGAUGUAUUAGUUUUCCACUUUGCCACGGGAGCCCACACUGUUGCCGAAAUUAGCAAGGCGGACUUUGACAAUUGCAACGUCAAUCAAAAUACUCAAGCCAUAACAACAUCGCCCGCAAGAGUCACCCUUAACAAAACUGGGGAUUUCUAUUUUACAUGUACUAUCCAAGACCAUUGUAACAAUGGUCAAAAGCUAAGUGUUAAGGUCGUUUCCGCUUCUUCAUCACCUGCUCCAGCUCAAGGUCCUUCUCCUCCUUCUUCGACUACUCCUUCACCUACUCCUCCUUCAUCAGGAACCACACCUACUCCUCCUUCUCCUACUCCACCUGUCAGUGGAGAUACACCAUCCCCAUCAUCUCCAGCUCAGCCAGGCGCGACUCCUCCAUCACCUGGCUCAGCCACUUCUCUCGUUGCUACUUUCUCUAUUUUCUUUGCAGUUGUCAUAAAUUUAUUGUUUUAGACUUCAAAUUUUUUGACAGGAUUUCUAUUGUUUAGGUUGAGGGCAGGGUUUGCUAUUGUGGUAUGGGUUUUUUUUUUUUUUUGGUUGUUUAAAUAAUUUCUCCUUUUGAUGUUCUUUACUUUAGUAUUCGAUAUGCAUAUUGGGUGGCUUCAUUGUUAUUCUUGGUUUUGUAUUGGAAUAAAUAAAUUUGUUUCAUGUUGUGGUAA